AGCAGGUUGUGGCAUAUAUGAGCAAUAUGAUUAGGUGUAUGCUGCAGCAGGCAACAUAUUGAAAUGAGAUCCUUGAGUUUGUCCCGGUGGAUUUCUGUAUCCUUGAGAUACCAUGCUUCAAAAUAUUGUGAAGGAUCUGUCGUUCGUUUCAAGUCCAGCUUACCUUCUGCCGAGGCAUUACCUGUGGAACAAGAGAAUCUCACCCCAAGAUCUGAAGGAGUGACAUUAGAGACAAGAGGCCAAGUGCUUGAAGAUACUUUUGGCCGGUACCACAAUUAUCUUAGGAUUUCCUUGACUGAGCGAUGCAACCUUCGAUGCAUGUACUGCAUGCCUGAGGAAGGAGUGAAUCUGACUCCCAAACAGAGGCUGUUGACAACAGAUGAGAUUAUCAAGUUGGCAGAGCUGUUCGUAAAUGAGGGCGUUACAAAGAUUCGUCUCACAGGUGGGGAGCCAACAGUUCGGCCCGAUCUACUUGAGAUCAUCAGAAGACUCAAGCAAUUUGAGAAAUUGGAAACCCUGAGCAUGACAACCAAUGGCCUUCUACUUAGUAAGAAACUUCCUCAGUGGCAUGAAGCUGGACUGGAUCAGUUAAACAUAAGCCUUGAUACCCUCAUCCCAGUCAAAUUUGAGUUUAUUACCAGGCGCAAAGGAUGGGAGAGAGUCAUGGAAGGGAUUGAAGUUGCUUUGGAUUUGGGAUAUGGCCCAGUGAAGAUCAAUGUCGUCGUCAUACGUGGGAUAAAUGAAGAUGAGAUUUGCAAGUUUGUGGAGUGGACCCAGUCAAAGAAUGUUGAUGUGCGGUUCAUUGAAUACAUGCCCUUUGAUGGGAACAAGUGGAACACUACCAAGAUGGUUCCAUAUUUUGAGAUGCUGGACGUCAUCAAGAGACAAUUUCCCAAUUUGACCCGGCUCACCGAUCAGGCCAAUGACACUUCCAAGGCCUACAGGGUCCCUGGACAUGUGGGCCAGAUUGGGUUCAUCACAUCCAUGUCACAGCACUUCUGUGGCUCCUGCAAUCGACUGCGCAUCACAGCUGACGGCAACAUCAAAGUCUGUCUUUUUGGAAACUCUGAAUUCUCUCUCCGAGAUGCCCUCCGAGAUGGAAUUUCUGAUGAAGAGCUGCUUCAGGUUAUUUCUGCUGCUGUGAAGCGUAAAAAGAAACAUCACGCUGGAAUGCUGAACCUGGCCAAGAUGAAAAAUCGCCCUAUGAUCCUUAUUGGAGGGUGAACUUAACUCUUCCAUACAAGAGGCUCAGGGAAAAUUUAUCAUGGCAUUAUCUUUCUGCUGGUUUUACAUGCUCAGGAUCCCAACUCUACUGCUGAUGCUUCUCAAUAUUGUGGUAUCAUGUGAUGCAAUUGCUCCAUCCCUGUUGAUGUGAUUCUUCUAUUCCUGUUAUUUUUUUUUGUUUUUUUACAAAGACCUAUAUUUUUUGGCCAAGAUUUUCAGUGCUGGAAGAACAUGUGUGCAUGAAUGAGAAUGAAAUGAAAUUAUUGAGAUGCUCCAUAUUGACAUUGAGACUGUCAGUGCUAUUCUUGUUAUUUGCUGUUGUCAUCCUUGAAAUUUCUAGAUUGUGAAAGUUCUCUGUCUUUUUUUAUCAAUAAGAAAUGUCCUCUUCAUUGCAGUCUGUUGUAGAUGUGAUGAUAGUGUUCUUGGAUGCUGACCAAGUCCACCUGCUCGUUGAUGCCUUGGAGAAAAAUCCACUGAAAAGUCCAGCCCCUACCUUCUUUGCAUCUCAAGAUUCCCUCAGAGACUACACUACUACUCUCAAGAAACUCUUCCCAACACUUUAUGUUCUUGAUCGUGCUGCUCCCACUUCAGGAUUGAUUGAGGAACUGAAGACAUCCCUUCUUAAAGUUAUAACACUGAGGGAUGGAAAUAAAACAGAACUUGUGAAACUGUUGGAUGAAUACGCCAUGAAGAAGCUUGGGUGCACAUUGCACUCAAAUCUCAUCACCAAAGCAACGGAUUCAGUAUGUACCAUGGAUCAGGAAACUUUGCUGGAGAAUUCUUUAAUGAGUGAUUCAUAUGGAAAGCAAAUCCUCUUAGCCUUGCAAGGACUUGAGGAAACUUUGAAGAGAACCAUCAAUGAAUUGUGCAAGGAAGAAGAUGUUGCAAGAUGCCCCUUGGAUGACAUCAGGACCUCUGUGCUGCGUCGUCUGACAGCGCAAGACAAGCGGCACGGUGGGAGAUCUCUUUGGCGUCAACGCAAACCUCAUGCCUUUGAAUUGCUGCAGUUCUCAAAGUUGACUGAUGACCAAGAGAUCAAAAGAAAAAAAGAAAUGCCACAGCAGAUAUUUAUGCUGGACUCUGGAGAAGGUUCUGGGACAUAUGAACAAUUACCCUCUGCUGUGGUCUCAAACAGAGUUGUUGGAGCCACACUUCGAAUGGGGGAUGCAAACCUGACACAUGCAGAUGAAGAGGGAACCACCUAUCUUCUUCCCCUGAGAGAAAAUUCUGAUCCCAAGUUACAUCGCCGUUCCAAGGAACUGCUGCUGAUCACCAAGAAGACCCUGGAGGAGCGACGAAACACCCAUCAUGGAUCCCACAAAGGGAAUGUCACCCCAACAGACAUCAUGUCGAGGCCUUGGGUCGUGGCUGUGAUCGUCCUGGCUGUAGCAGGAAUACUCAUCACCAUCUUCGUCUUCGUCUACAUGUUCGUCCGCAUGUGUUCGGAGCCUCAGCUCAUGAAGUUUCACAGCAUAUCUCUUAUUUUGCUGUUUGCCAUCGGAUGCCUCUAUGCCAACAUCAUCCUGUUCAUCCUGCCGAAUUCUGAUACUAUUUGCAGCUGGCGUCUCUUUCUCCAUCCACUUGCGUACACAUUAUGCUUUGGUGCUCUGAUCGUAAAACUGAUGUUCCUACGUGCAGAAGACCAAAUUGGGCUCGGAGGUCGAACCCCCAUCUCCAAUAUCUAUCUGACCCUCCUUUUCAUCCUAUCAGUUCAGAUCGUGAUCUGCACCCAAUGGUUUCAGUUGAAGGAUGGAUGGCCUGAGAAUGUGGAUUGCUUUUAUGAAAAGUCAGACUUUAUCAUGCUGCACAUAUAUGAUGCUGUCCUACUGGUUUUGGCCCUCGUCAUGUCGGUGAUGCUUUACCGCACUUCUAGAAAUUACCUGGAGGUACGUUGGGUAUUCCUGUCGGUGUUGUUUAAUGUCCCCAUCUUUGCAUCAUGGAGCAUCGUGUACUUCCUCGCCCCAACAACCUACCAUGAUCCUGUCAUCUGCAUCGCAAUCCUUUCAUCUGCAACGGUGACCCUAGUUCUCAUAUUCAUUCCAACAGUCGGGCUGCUUUCGAAGCAGUCUGAUGCCUUCCGUCACGUUCGACUGCAACCAGCCCAAGCCAGUUCUUCAGGAUCAAACACAGUAGUAACCAAUAUGAGCGAUUUGGAUACAGUCUAUGGAAGCUGUGCCCGGGUUUCAACAGCACACGUGAGCCACAACCCCGUCUAUGACGACCUGUGGUACGCAAACGACCCCAAGCCAACACUGGUGCACAAGACCAAGAUCUUGGACCCCAUGCAAAAGGCACAAUUCUGUCAUGGGAGACCUCUGGUUCACCAGAGUUCAUCUGCAUCAAAGAGGAGCGUAAAGAGCUUUGAGGUUGCUUUUGAGCAGGAGAUGAAGGAUCCUCUCUUCCUAGGAAGGAGGUACAAGGAUGUAUACAGCAAGGGUGUUUACAAAGAGGCUUAUCCUUGAUUCUGAGAAGGAACCAUGGAUCAUCAUCAUCAGGACAUCAGGAACUGCUGUGGGCUUCCAUCCAUUCUGGAGAACCGUAAACAAGAGGCCUCAAGUAGCAUUUUUCUACUUGUAACCUGGGCAUUUAAAAGUGCACGAAUUGUUUUGUAUGGUACUGUAUUUACAUGGUGCUGUCUGUUUUUUAAUGCAGCUGUUGUCCAAGGGUCACGAGUGAAAAAGAUUAUGCCUCAAAAAUGGACCAAGCACCACAAGAUUUCAAUGCAGAUCAGAAACAUUCUUGAUCCAUUUAUUAUCUGACUUUUAAGCUUCCAAAUGGAGCUCACUCAAUUACUGGCUCAUUUCAUAUAGUGUACCAUGAUCACAUUGGAUCUGGUGAAUGGAGUGAUUUUACUCAAACUAGAGGGAUGGAUGACUGGAGUUACAAGGUGAACCUCUUAACUUUCAAAUAAGCUUCUACGAAAUUCUCCUCAAAGAGUUCACCGUCAAUUUAUUCCCAACGUUGUUGCAUAUGGCAACAAAGAAAUUAAGCUCUGAAAUCCCUCUUGUUGGGUAAAAUAAUUAGCUCUAAAUGAACUGAACCUGAACGCCAUUGGUACCCCUUACAUCUCUCCGAAGCCAGGUAAAAAAUGGAUCUAUGAAGCAUACCUUGGCUUUGGUUUACUUUUGAGGCACUCUCAUUUUUUCACUAAUAGCGCCCAUUUAACUUUUUUUUGCUGAGGCAGCUAUAUAUUGUACACCUCCGGUGAUGCAUUUAUUGUUAUUAAAGUGUAUGAAUCCUUGUUUACUACA